AUUUGUCUUGUCUUUUUUAGUUGACACAUCGUUGAAAAAGUGUCUGGUCGCUUUAAGUGUUUUGAUUUGAUGUUAUAAUGAUAUUAUUUUCGGUUGAUAAUUGUUAGUUUAUGUGGGUUGAUUAUCAUUGUUGAGUUCUUUGAUCAAUAAGACUAAGUAAUGUACUGUGCACUGAUCACUUUGUGAAAGUACACUAUGCUUGGAAAUGGAGUUGUUGGGAUCCUCUCCGAGUCUGUGAAUAAGUGGGAAAGAAGGGUACCUUUAACCCCAUCACACUGUGCUCGGCUUCUAAAUGGAGGCAAGGAUAAAACUGGGGUGGCCCGCAUAAUUGUGCAGCCAUCGACAAAACGAAUCCAUCAUGAUGCACUAUAUGAGGAUGUUGGUUGUGAAAUAUCAGAGGAUUUGUCAGAAUGUGGUCUUAUUGUGGGUGUUAAGCAACCAAAGAUAGAGAUGAUUUUUCCUGAUAGAGCUUAUGCCUUUUUUUCUCAUACCCACAAGGCUCAGAAAGAAAACAUGCCAUUGUUAGAUAAGAUCUUAGCAGAGAAGUGUUCCCUGUAUGACUAUGAGCUUAUUGUUGGAGACCACGGGAGAAGACUGCUUUCAUUUGGUAAAUUUGCUGGUAGAGCAGGCAUGACUGACUUUCUGUCUGGACUAGGACAGCGGUAUUUAGGUCUUGGAUAUUCGACACCUUUCCUCUCGCUAGGCGCCUCACAUAUGUAUACUUCCUUGGCUGCUGCAAAGUCUGCAGUAAUUUCUGUGGGUGAAGAGAUAGCAACUUUGGGAUUGCCAUCAGGAAUCUGUCCUCUAGUCUUUAUAUUCACUGGUUCAGGAAAUGUCUCUCUUGGUGCACAAGAAUUAUUUAAGCUGCUUCCUCAUGUUUUUGUUGAACCAAGCAAACUUCCUGAAAUAUUUGCAAAGGCUAACGAUUCCUCUCAACCUAAAUCAAAGAGAAUCUUCCAAGUAUAUGGUUGUUUUGUGACUAGUGAAGACAUGGUCGAACAUAAAGAUCCAGCAAAAAGAUUUGACAAAGCAGAUUAUUAUGCACAUCCAGAACACUACAACCCCGUUUUCCAUAAAAAGAUAGCACCGUAUGCAUCUGUUAUUGUCAAUUGCAUGUACUGGGAGAAAAGAUUUCCUCGCUUGUUGAGUACCCAGCAGCUUCAAGAUCUAAUGAGGCAAGGAUGUCCACUUGUUGGAAUUUCUGAUAUAACUUGUGAUAUAGGGGGCUCAAUAGAGUUUGUCGACCAAUCCACAUCAAUCGAUUCACCUUUUUUCAGAUAUGAUCAUCUGAAUAAUUCAUACCAUCAUGAUAUGGAGGGCAAUGGUGUGAUAUGCUUAGCUGUUGAUAUUCUUCCAACAGAGUUUGCGAAAGAGGCUUCCCAACAUUUUGGAGACAUACUGUCUGAAUUUAUCGGCAGUUUAGCUUCUACAAUAGACAUCAAAAAGUUGCCUUCACACUUAAGCCGAGCAUGCAUUGUCCACAGGGGAGCACUUGCAUCCUUAUACGAAUAUAUUCGACGUAUGCGAAAUUCUGAUUCUGAAGAUACAGUGGAUAAUCAUGGAAACAGCCCGUCAAAGAAAAAGAAGAAUUACAAUAUAUUGGUAUCUCUGAGUGGUCACUUAUUUGAUCAAUUUCUAAUAAAUGAGGCUUUGGAUAUUAUUGAAGAUGCGGGUGGCUCCUUCCACUUGGUUAAGUGCCAAUUGGGUCAGAGUAUUGGUGCUACAUCAUACUCGGAACUCGAAGUUGGAGCAGAUGAUGGAGCAGUUCUGGAUCAAAUUAUUGAUUCUUUAACCUCUCUGGCUAAUCCAAAAGAAAAUAAUGGAAUCCAAAGUAAGAAAGGAAAUGGGAUAUCCCUAAAGGUUUCUAAGGUUCAGGAGAGUGGCCUUAAGAAGGAAUCUGAGACAAAAAGUACGAGUGCAGUUCUGAUUAUUGGUGCAGGCCGUGUAUGCCAACCAGCUGCCGAACUGUUGGCAUCAGUUGGAAGCAUUUUGUCUCGUCAAUGGCUUAAAACGUGCAUGGAAAAUAAUUUUGAAGGGCAUUGUAUUCAAGUUCUUGUUGGAUCUCUCUUCCGUAAGGAUGCAGAAGAGAUUGUUGAAGGUAUUCCAAAUGCGGUAGCAAUACAGCUUGACGUGAUGAAUCGUGAAAGUCUUCACAAGUACAUCUCAGAGGUUGAGAUUGUUAUAAGUUUGCUGCCUGCAAGUUUCCACAUUCACGUAGCAAAUGCGUGCAUUGAGCUUAAAAAACAUCUUGUCACUGCUAGCUAUGUUGAUGAUUCCAUGUCAAAGCUAAAUGAGAAGGCCAAGAGUGCCGGUAUAACAAUUCUUGGUGAGAUGGGCUUGGACCCAGGGAUAGAUCAUAUGUUGGCAAUGAAGAUGAUCAACGAAGCACGUGCUCGAAAAGGAAAAAUUAAGUCCUUCACUUCUUUCUGUGGGGGCCUUCCAUCUCCAGCAGCUGCUAAUAAUCCACUAGCAUACAAAUUCAGUUGGAGUCCUGCAGGAGCAAUACGAGCUGGGCGCAACCCUGCCACAUAUAAAUCUCAGGGUGAAAUUCUAAAUGUUGAUGGGGACAAUCUUUAUGAUUCAGCAGUCAGAUUUCGGGUUCCAGAUCUUCCAGCUUUUGCAUUGGAGUUACUUCCUAAUCGUAACUCUUUAGUUUAUGGAGAUUUGUAUGGCAUAGCAAAUGAAGCGUCAACCAUCUUUCGAGGAACAUUUCGGUAUGAAGGAUUUGGCAAAAUUAUGGGGACACUUGCAAGAAUUGGUCUUUUUAGUGCUGAAGCUCAUCCAAUUCUUAAAAAUGGAAAGCGGCCAACAUUCAGAAUGUUCCUAUGUGAAAUUCUAAAAGUUGAUAGUAAAAAUAUGGAUGAAACUUUAAAAGAAGAGAAGGGCAUAUCGGAAAGGAUUCUCUCACUUGGAUUUUGCAAAGAGCAGGAAACAGCAACAAGUGCAGCCAAAACUAUAGUAUUUCUGGGGCUUAAUGAGCAGACAGAUAUUCCUGAAUCCUGUCAGAGUGCAUUUGAUGUCAGCUGUCUUCGCAUGGAAGAAAGACUAGCCUAUUCUAACACAGAGGAGGAUAUGGUGCUUUUACAUCAUGAAGUAGAGGUAGAAUUUCCAGAUGGCAAGGCAACGGAGAAGCAUAGGGCCACUUUAUUGGAAUUUGGGAAAACAAAGAAUGGGAAAAUGAUUUCUGCCAUGGCCCGAACUGUUGGUAUUCCAGCAGCCGUAGCAGCUCUGCUCCUACUCGUAAACAAGAUAAAAACAAGAGGUGUCCUGCGACCCCUUGAACCAGAAGUAUAUGUCCCAGCAUUGGAUAUUUUGCAAGCUUAUGGAAUCGAUUUGGGGGAGAAGACUGACUGACAAUUUUUUAGACUACCUUUGUCACUUUUAACCCCUACAGAUAGAGACUUCCAAAACCAGAAUCAAGCUAUGCUAUGUUGUUAAAAGUAAUUGCAAGUGAAUAGUAUAGUUGACCAAAGCAAAGCCAGAAUCACUUGGGGCCUGUGGAUGGCGAAGGCAUCACAAAGUACCUGACAAGCACUCAAUUGGAAGGCUUUGUGAAUGUAACCAUACGUGGGCUUUCCUGUUAAAUAAAUAUCAGUGCUUGUUUUAAGUAAUAUUUAUCACAUACCUCACAACAAUACUGUGACCAUUUCGUGCUUGAAAUUAUGAUGAGCUGCAAGGGCCUUGAAAUUCAGCCACUUUAAAUUGAUAUGCAAACCUUCAG